UUUCAAUGUAGCGUGCAGCAACCACCCAUCGACCACUGCAUCAACAACAGCGACCAGCAGCAACAACCACAAUGGGUCUCGCAGAGCGCAAGGUCAAGCAACGCAUCGGGUACGACCCCCGCAACCUGACAUGGUCGAACGACAAGGACCGCUUCUCGUUCAAGCACAUGCAGUCGCUGGGCUGGGACGACUCCAAAGGCAUCGGCAAGGACCAACAGGGCAGCAAGAGCCACAUUGCCGUCGCGCAGAAGCUCGACAACUCGGGUAUCGGCAUGGGCCGCGCGCGCAAGGAGGGCCAGGACUUGAGCGCUGGCGCCGGGCAGGCUGGUGCCGGCCUCGCCGACGUGCUCGCUCGUCUGGCCGCUGCCAAGUCGGCGAGCGCGUCGCCUGCUCCGUCGCACGAGCCGAGCCCCGCGCCCGAGUCUGGAUCUGGGAGCCCCGGUCCGUCUGCGAUGAGGAACAAGAUUGCCUCGCGCCAGAAGCACCUCCACUCCAAGCGCCUGGCGACGCAGAACGCCGCUGCGCUCGCCGAGAUUCUCGGCGUGCCCGUCUCAUCGCUGCCCUCGUCUCCUGCUCCGUCCACCCCCGGCACGCCCGCUGCCGAGUCGGCGCCCGAGUCGCCCGUCGAGAGCGGCGCUUCCACACCAACAGAGAGCUCCGACCGCAAUGUCUACGAGACCAUCUCGACGUCGACCGUGUCCGUGUCCGACUACUUUAGGCAAAAGCUGCGCGAGAAGGCCCUGGCACGGCAGGCGGCGAGCGGCAGCUCGACACCACUGCCCGCCAUGUCCGAGGGCAGCCUGGCUGUCCCCAAGGACGAGGUCAAGGUGGCCAUUGGAGGUGUGGCCUGGGAGGGGUCCAAGAUGGCCUUUGCGGAGGUGACCGAGGAGGUUGUCCUCGGCGACCUGGGUGCCGACGCGCCUGCGAUCCCGAAGGAGGAGAAGAAGAAGGACAAGAAGGGCAAGCGCAAGAGCGAGGCGGUUUCGAGCGAGGCCGCGACGCCCGACGCUACUGGGCCAAGUACUCCGGCCGACGACAAGGCAGCCAAGAAGGCGCGCAAGGAGGAGAAGCGUGCACGCAAGGAGGAGAAGGCGGCCGAGAAGGCUGCGAAGAAGGCAGCCAAGGAGGCCAAGGCAUCAAAAUCGUCGUCACCCGACACUGGGGACAAGAAAAAGCGCAAGCGCGACGAGGGCGAGGACGGCGAGCGCAAGCGCAAGUCGAGGUCAGAGUAGAGUAGAGUGUUACUGCAUUUUGGGCAUGGUCAUGCAUACUGUCAU